CGCCCGCAGGUCGGACCCAGACCAUGAUGCGUGCCCCAGGCUGUGGGCGGCUGGCGCUGCCGCUGCUGCUGCUCGCUGCGGCCGCGCUGGCCGAAGGCGACACCAAAGGGCUCAAGGAGGGCGAGACCCCUGGCAAUUUCAUGGAGGACGAGCAAUGGCUGUCGUCCAUCUCGCAGUACAGCGGCAAGAUCAAGCACUGGAACCGCUUCCGAGACGAUGACUACAUCAAGAGCUGGGAGGACAAUCAGCAAGGAGAUGAAGCCCUGGAUACCACCAAGGAUCCCUGCCAGAAGGUGAAGUGCAGCCGCCACAAGGUGUGCAUCGCGCAGGGCUACCAGCGGGCCAUGUGCAUCAGCCGCAAGAAGCUGGAACACAGGAUCAAACAGCCCACUCUGAAACAUGGGAACAAAGACUCCAUCUGUAAGCCCUGCCACAUGGCCCAGCUUGCUUCGGUCUGUGGCUCUGAUGGCCAUACCUACAGCUCUGUGUGUAAGCUGGAGCAGCAGGCAUGCCUGAGCAGCAAGCAGCUGACAAUGAGAUGCGAAGGUCCCUGUCCCUGCCCCACAGAGCAAGCCACCACCUCCACCACCAACAGCAAGCCAGAGACCUGCACGGGACAGGACCUGGCUGACCUAGGGGACCGGCUGCGGGACUGGUUCCAGCUCCUUCAUGAGAACUCCAAGCAGAAUGGCUCAGCCAGCAGCGCAACAAGCCCUGUGGCCGGACUGGACAAGAGCCUGGGGGCCAGCUGCAAGGACUCUAUUGGCUGGAUGUUCUCCAAGCUGGACACAAGCACUGACCUCUUCCUGGACCAGACAGAGCUGGCUGCCAUCAACCUGGACAAGUACGAGAUCUGCAUCCGCCCCUUCUUCAACUCCUGCGACACGUAUAAGGAUGGCCGGGUCUCCACCGCUGAAUGGUGUUUCUGCUUCUGGAGGGAGAAGCCCCCCUGCCUGGCUGAGCUGGAGCGCAUCCAGAUUCAGGAGGCUGCCAAGAGGAAGCCAGGCAUCUUCAUCCCAAGCUGCGAUGAGGAUGGCUACUACCGGAAAAUGCAGUGUGACCAGAGCAGCGGUGACUGCUGGUGUGUGGACCAGCUGGGCCUGGAGCUGACUGGCACCCGCACACAUGGGAGCCCUGACUGUGAUGACCUCGUGGGUUUCUCAGGGGACUUUGGGAGCGGUGUUGGCUGGGAAGAUGAGGAGGAGAAGGAGACGGAGGAAGCCGGCGAGGAGACCGAGGAGGAGGAGGGCGAGGCUGGCGAGGCGGAUGAUGGAGGCUACAUCUGGUAGAUGCCCUCGGGCACCGUGGCAGGGGUGCCCGUGGCUGGAAAAGCAGGGGCCAGCAGAGGCCUGGAUGGAAGCAGGCAGCUUUGUGAAUGGAUCCGGAAAUAGUCGGCAGGACCCUGUCUCCAACAGGGAGGGCUGGAAGUGCAGGUGCAUGGCACGUGUGUGGGCAUGUACAGCUGGAGCGUGAAUGUGUGUGUGCGUGUGCGUGCGUGCACGUGUGUGGCAUGCGCUGACAACCAUGUCCCUGAUCUACACUGCUCCUGGCAGGAUGAGUCACCCUGAAGCCCCUUCGGUCCCUUGUAGCUCACUGUUUUCCAUCUGUCCCACAUUCACACACCUACACUCCCUGCCCAGUCAACACUGGUGACCCGACUGUCCCCUGUUGCCUCCCAGUCCUGCCCUGACACCUGUGGGUUUACACCCUGGCUCUUCCCAGCCCUGCCGACCCUUCCCUUCCACUCUAGCCACUGUAUGCCUGUCCCCUCUGCAGAAGGCAGGGCUGGCAGGGAACCUUCCCACAGCAUCGGGCUGCUUUGGGGUGAGCCUCCCACCAACCUCAGUUGAGAUGAGGGAUACUGGCCAGCAAGCCUCGAGAAUUCCUGAAUCCUCAAGCACAGGGCAGGCUCUCCCACUCCAUGUGUGAGGGCCAGGGCUUCCAGGCAGGAGCAGGGCAGGCCUUUUUGCCGUGAUGGGGCUGAUGCAAGUGAGGACCAGUGCCUGUGCAGCGUGUACAGCUCCAAGGCAGGGAGUUUUAAAAAUGGUGGUGGGGCAGCCUCAGAGCCCAGCCAUGGGAGAGCCCAGCUCAGGCCCCUUCUGUAUGUCUUGAAUGGCUGUGGUCUGAUACUCUGCUGGAGACCUGGGGCAGGCGGGAGUGAGGAACAGAGCAUUUGGAGGGUAUGUGUGGGUAGAGGAUGGGGAACAUGCCUGGAGGCCAGGCCCUGAGGCCAGGCAGGAGAAGUCACAUCCUGCUUCUAGAUGCCCCUGGCUUGCUUUGUGGUCAUGCUUUUCCUGAUUCUGCCCUCCCGAGAGAAGCAGACUCUUUAACACCCAAAUUCAAGGAUCCCUUCCCCAGACUCUGGUCUCUGCCUCCCAUCAGUGUGUGCAGCAUGUGUGUGCGUAUGCAUGUGUAUGUGUGUGCAUGUGUGUGUGUGUGGCCUGGGCCCCUGUGUGGGUGAAUGCUGGGCCUGGGGUCUAUGAUGGGUCCUGGGGGUGGGUAGCAGUUCCCUGGCCCAGAAGCUUCCAAUGGACAUCCUGGAAGAGCCUCGCCCUGUCCUGGCCCCUGUCCUGGCCCUGGCAGCCUCAGCCUCCACGUGCCGUGCUUAGUGCUUCUCAGCCCGCAGCACAGUCCUGACUUGGGGGCCACACUACUCCGGCUCCCCCAGCUCCCUCUUUCCUUCCUCCCUCUGUUACAGCCAGCCCCACCUCCCCACCAGCUGCCUCCAAGUAGCGCUCUUUGGAGCUUGCUGCGCGUACUAGGAUCUUAUCCUGUCUCUUCCUCUACCCCAACCCCACUUCUGAUGAUCUGUCCUGGGAGGAGGCAAGGGAGUGGAAGGGUACAGCUGGGAAAGAUGCCAAGGUCCCUGGGAUGGGGAGGGCUGCAGUAGAGCAAGGGGCGCCCUUACCCCUGGGGACUGAGCUCCGACUGGGUCUUCUGGUUGUGCACAUUUAUCUGACCUUGUACAUAUGUUUUAGGAAGAAAGCAAAAGCCGUAAACUAGUCCACGGAUAGGAUUGCAAGGGUCCAGCCUCAUCCUGCUUCUGAAAUUAUGGCCCCACCACCAUCAGAGGGCAGACACCAUGGGGCUGCCAGCUGCAGCAGCAAGAUUGCAGUUUGGGCCUCCCUCAGCCCCCAGGCUUCAUGCCCUUACCCUUGCUGGGUAGCUCCCAGCCCUCUCCCUGGAUGUUCCCUUCUGUCCCCACUCCCUGGGCUGAGGAAGGCAGUGGGUUAGGACUCACUUGGAAAGAACAGCGGCUAGGGCAACUGGCUGGGUCUUGGCCUGGUAGUGCAGGCAGGGCCGUGAGGGAAGCCGAGGACAGGACUUGGGUGUCUAGGAUGGAGUCGCCUGGGACUGCAGAAAGCAAAUGUGCCUUGAAAGACCACGCAGAGGGCCCCCGAGGGUGGCCGGGGAAGGAGCCAGGCUGAGAGCAAGUCCU